UGCCAGCCCGGGGCGGAGGCGGAACCCAAACCUGGAGCCCGUGCCCAGCCCCGCCGCGGCGGUGUCUCCCGUGUGCGUCCCCCGCAGCCCCGGCGGGAUGUCGCGGCCGCUGUCGGACCAGGAGCGGCGGAAGCAGAUCAGCAUCCGCGGGAUCGUGGGAGCCGAGAGCGUGGCCGAACUGAAGCGGGGCUUCAACCGGCACCUCCACUUCACCCUGGUCAAGGACCGCAACGUGGCCACCCCCCGCGACUACUACUUCGCCCUGGCCCACACCGUGCGGGACCACCUGGUGGGGCGCUGGAUCCGCACGCAGCAGUACUACUACGAGAAGGACCCCAAGAGGAUUUACUACCUCUCCCUGGAGUUUUACAUGGGGCGGACGCUGCAGAACACCAUGAUUAACCUGGGGCUGCAGAAUGCCUGCGACGAAGCCAUCUACCAGCUUGGGCUGGACAUGGAAGAGCUGGAGGAAAUCGAGGAGGAUGCUGGUCUCGGCAAUGGUGGUCUGGGCAGGCUUGCUGCCUGCUUCCUCGACUCGAUGGCAACGCUGGGGCUGGCAGCCUACGGCUACGGCAUCCGCUACGAGUACGGCAUCUUCAACCAGAAGAUCAGGGACGGGUGGCAGGUGGAAGAAGCUGACGACUGGCUCCGGCACGGCAACCCCUGGGAGAAAGCGCGUCCCGAGUACAUGCUGCCCGUGCACUUCUACGGCCGCGUGGAGCACACUGCCACUGGCGCCAAGUGGGUCGACACCCAGGUGGUGCUGGCACUGCCCUACGAUACCCCCGUGCCCGGGUACUUGAACAACACCGUCAACACCAUGCGCCUGUGGUCGGCUCGAGCACCCAACGACUUCAACCUGCGUGACUUCAACGUCGGAGACUACAUCCAGGCUGUGCUGGACAGAAAUCUGGCGGAGAACAUAUCCCGUGUCCUCUACCCCAAUGACAAUUUCUUCGAAGGGAAGGAGCUGCGGCUGAAGCAGGAGUACUUCGUCGUGGCUGCCACCCUCCAGGACAUCAUACGCCGCUUCAAAGCAUCCAAGUUUGGGAGCACAGACAGUGUCCGAAUCGUGUUUGAUUCCUUCCCUGACCAGGUUGCCAUCCAGCUGAACGACACGCACCCUGCCAUGGCCAUCCCUGAGCUGAUGCGGAUUCUCGUGGACAUCGAGAAGCUGCCGUGGAACAAGGCCUGGGACAUCACCAAGCGGACCUUCGCCUACACCAACCACACAGUGCUUCCCGAAGCCCUGGAGCGCUGGCCAGUGGACCUGGUGGAGAAACUGCUUCCCAGACACCUGCAGAUCAUCUAUGAGAUCAACCAGAGACACCUGGAUGUAAGUCCCUUGGGCAGCAGAGGGACCCUCUCCAUGUGUUGUGCU